AUGGACGAGCAGAAGGAAAAGAUGGACGAUCUUGCAUCGCUUUUUCUUCCAGAUCUUUUACACCCUCUUUCAUCGCUCAACUCGGACGCAUUAGUCAAGCAAGAAGACGACGGUUUUCAUGCUGCCUUGUUUCAAAACGACCAGCCAAAGAUGUCUUCAUAUCUGUCAAGCAUGAACAUGCAAAUGUCCAACACUGACCAUGACAAUCUGCUGCUGCUGUUCGAUCCCGAUAGCAUAUACUCAAUGAACAUGGGCUCCGGACCUGGCCCAAACCACAUGGGAAACUACACAAACCAAGGUAACAAUAUGCGCUUCCUGCCUCAUGUUGCUCCUCAGGAAGAGGGCAUGACACAUACGCUGCAUUACCAAGAUUUUGUCCCAGUAGAGGCCGCCGGAAUCCAGCCUCCAAUGCGUUUCCAUCAAAUGCAGAAACAGUAUCUCCCACAACACAUCAUACCUUUCCAACAAGCUUGGUCCCCACUGACUGUUAUAGGCCAGUUUGACGGCAUGAAUUAUUAUGGAAGCAUGAGCCCUCAAGGUCCUUACCCUCAAGCAAUGGCCGGUCCAAUGUCAGGUCACAAUGAGAUCGAGGAGACUCUGUUGUUUGGAACAUCAAAGACGGCAACUCCAGAAGUCCCACAUGGUAAUUACGCUUAUGAUCGCUACCCUUCAAAUUCUAGAGGAAAAGCCGGCAUCAAGCGGUCUGAGUCUGAUCAAGACUCAUUAACUCUAAAUAACGGUAAAUCCAAAAACUCAAGAAAGAGAGCAAGGUCGCCCAAACGAGAAGAGCUCAACUCAGGUUCUCAAAAGCAAGCUACGGCAUCAACCAUCAAGGUGGACUAUAAUCCAAAAGUUCUCAAAAAGCUUCUAGAUCUCGAGGCCACCAACGAACACCCACCCAUUCAAAUUUUUGACCACGCAAAUCAGCCGGUUGAUAUCAACUUCAGAGGCUUCAUAUCAGGUCGAUUUUAUACAAACGAUCAGGACAAUUUCAAUCACAUUUCGGCCACGAAAGAGGUACCUCAACUAGAUAAAAGGUACAAACCGGAAGUAAUUUCCUGUUACAGGCGAAACUUUAUUCACAUAAACAUAAAUUUUCAUCGCUCAAGUGAUUAUAACCUUCUAGCUAUUCCCGGCAAAGGUGUGAUCAACGGUUUUCGAAUCGAUGUGUUGGCCUUUGCUAACGGCGAUGAAUGCAAAAGAAUUCCGGUCAUUAUAAACAGAGAGAAGGAGUCAAUGAAAGACAGAAGCAAAGGCUAUGCAGAUGUCGUUCUUCCCCGCCAAAUUGAUACUUCUCACAAAGUGCUGGUGGAAGAAAGUGCGGAAGACAAUUACUUCACCAUAAGAAAAGCUCAAUUCAAAAGUGCAACUGCAAAUAGCAUGAAUGUGAGCUAUCAAACGUUCAACAACUUCACGAUCAGAUUAAUAGCAGAGCUAGAUAGGGAGGAAGUCAUAGUCAAGGAACUCAGGAGUUCAGCUAUAAUUGUCAGGGGCAGGAACCCUUCAUUUUAUCACAAAAGGGGCGAUGUUCUGAUCGAGAGUAGGCCAGCGGUCUCCAAGUCAAGUUUUGCAAUGUCGGAGCAAUUGUUGACAGACGGUGAAUUUUUGGGACAAGAAUUCAGCUCGACUCAACAGGAUGGUGAUACCCAUACCCAAGGCACAGGUGAAGGUCUGCCUGACAAUACUGGAAGUGAAAGAUUGGAAAUCAAGCUUGAGCCGAAGGAAUCGUCGAUAUCAGGACAUUCAGAUGAGCGCUCUGGUCGUGAGGAUGAUCCAGUAGAAGAGGCGUUGCAAACGAAGUCACGCCUGAACAGACAGACGCCAGUUCCAAGUGGGGCACCUCUGGCCACAAACCUCAAGGAUUUACUAGAUCCCAAAUCAUUCGUUGAUGCGGAAGGAAAGCCUACAAGAUACCGAUACUUCCCUAUUCUGAACGUAUACUACUUACCUCCUAUCAAUGUGGUGUACUUCCCUCAUAGAGCUCAUCAGCUGAAGCAAGAAUCUGGCAGCGAUGCAAAUGCUGAAGAAGGGCAGGGGCAACCGCUGAACAUGGCUGAUACGAGUGCAAGGAGAGCUGAUAAAAAGAAACCCACCUCAAACGACGUGCCUUCUUUGAACUCACACGAGUCUUUAGAAAAGGCCGAUGAAUCAAUCGAAAAGAAAAAUAUCGUCGGGUUGGAUUUAUUUGAGCAAGGCAACGAAAUUACCGAGGAAGAGCUAGAACUGGAAAUUAAAAGCAUCAGAUGGAAGGUUGAUCUUCGAAUUGUGCCCGUGCUUUGUGUCACAUACACAUUGCAAUACUUAGACAAACUCAGCUUGAACUAUGCCUCAGCAUAUUCCCUCAAAGAAGACUUGGGUCUUCAUGGACAGAGAUACUCCUGGGUAGCAGCCAUCUUCAAUUUCGGCUACCUUUUUUGGGCCAUGCCUUCCAACUACAUCAUUCAGAAGGUACCCAUUGCCAAGUAUACUGGCGGCAUGAUUUUUGUAUGGGCCAUUAUCUUGGUGGCUCAUGUCGGAGCAAAGAACUACGGUGGAAUGCUUGUCAUAAGGUUUAUUUUGGGCAUGUUUGAAGCAGGUAUUCUGCCUUCAUGUAUGAUGAUUUGUGGUAUGUUCUACUCUCGUCACGACCAGCCAUUUAGAAUGUGCGUUUUCUUGAGUUUUAACGGAAUUGCGACUAUUAUCGGCGGUCUUCUUGGUUUCGGUUUGGGGCACGCGGACCUGGCAGCCAUUGCUUCAUGGAAGUUGAUUUUCUUGGUGAUCGGUCUCCUCAAUCUUGUGUGGUCGGCGGUGUUCCUUUGGGUGACCCCAGACAGUCCUACUUCGGCGAAGUUCUUGACGACAAGGGAAAAGACGAUUCUAGUGAAAUACAUUUCGAAGAACAAUCAAGGUGUUAAAGAUACGAAGUUCAAGAAAAACCAAGCCAUCGAAGCCAUCUGUGACCCCGGUGUCCACAUUGUGGUGCUAAUCUCCUUGGCCCUUGGAAUAAUUAAUGGAGGCGUGUCUAAUUUUCAGUCUGCUUUGAUAAAGGGAUUUGGCUUUGACGGUCUUGCAGCCACCGCUUUGCAGAUGCCAACUGGUGCAUUCGAGUUCAUUCUAGUGUUUGCAGCCGGCAUUGCAGCCUUGAAGAUUCCCAAUAUCAGAUGUCUUUUAUUUGUUCUACUAAGCAUACCUGGCCUCGCUGGAUUAAUUGGAAUACACUUGAUUGAAAACAACCGAUGGGCAUCAGUUGGAUGCACUUGGUUACAAUACAUUGUUGGAGGUCCCAUCAUCCUCUGUUGGAUUUUCAUCAAUGCCAAUAUCGGCGGAACUACGAAAAAGAUUGUCACCAACGGUAUAUGGUUUACCCUUUAUGCCGCAGGAAAUAUUGUUGGUGCCAAUAUCUUUUACGCCAAUGAAGCCCCCAAGUACAGAUCUGCCAUGAUAGGACUUAUGACAUGCUACUCAGGCAUGAUAGCCCUUGGAAUUGGAUACUGGUUCUUGUUGAGAAGCAGAAACUAUAAACGUGACAAAGAGCAAGGCGAACAAACGGAAGAGAUGAAGCAAGAAGCCAUUCGCUGUGGUUUCGAAGGACUUACGGACUUUGAGAACAAAGGUUUCCGGGGUCGUAUACGUAUGGUCUGCCUGUUCUGCAGAAAACGCAAGAUCAAAUGUGACAUGAAGAUGCCAUGCUCAGCGUGUAUCAAGUUCAAGGCUGAAUGCGAUUACAGCGAGUUUGCAAAGAACCUGACCCCCAAUCGCCAUGAAAAUGAUAUGGUAAUGAAGCCCCUGCCCUCAUCAGGUAGCCACGACGAGAUGCAUAUGUUGAAGGAAAGACUUCUAGCGCUCGAGGAGACCGUGAAACGCAGCGCUAGUAAGCGCCGUAGCCAGGUGAUCCAAAGUGUUCCUGAGCUUAAUGUCGGCACAGAAUGCAGAAUUAACUUCAAUGUUCCUGUCAAGGUACCUGAGCCGAGAUAUUCCCGCCAACUCAAGCAUUGGGGGCCCUUCAGGUGGAUAGUGUUGGUGAGUUUAGACCCAGUGCUUUUCAACAUGGUCAGAUCGGCCUUCAAGCAAAACCCCAAUUUAUCGCAAGUGAAGACAGCACCAACUAGCACGCUGACAUUUUCGCCUGGCUUACUCUGUGGCACGCCAUUGGAGAGUCUGGCUCACUUGAGACAACAGAUCCAGGGUAUUCUCCCCAAUGCCAAGGUGGUUUGGAUGUUCAUUGACCGGUUCUUCUCGGUAGUUUAUCCUUACAUCCCUGUCCUCGACGAGAUCUAUAUCAGAGAAAUGGUGAAGAGGAUGAUAGGGCCAGAAACUAAUAAUGAGCAACCUACCCAGCUUUCUGCUUGUGGUGAACUAGAUUUUGCAAACUUGGGAAUUCUUCUCAUGAUGCUAAGAUUCGCUUACUUGACGAUACAUGACUGCAACAAUCGUGUAAAUGUUGCUUCAGCCUUUUCGCCUAAUUCGAUGCAUUAUUUGGCUCAGUAUGAGAUUCCCGAGGAGUACGCCAAGCUAGCACAAAAAUGUCUUGGUCAAUACAAUCUCAUCGAUGAAAGUAUCUUCGAUGUCGUACAGCUCGUGGGACUUCUAUGCUUAUACAAUAACGUUAACCCGGAGAACUGGAACACGGAUAAUGCCAACCGAACUUUGUUCGCCGUCUUAAAUCAAAUGGCAUACUGUCGCAGAUUGAACCGAGAACCACACUGUUUCGCCCCACAAGACGACACAAGUCCUAGAUGGAACAUGCUCUGCCGCAAGAUGUGGUAUACUUUUCUAUAUUUGGACCUCUCAGACGCGGUCUUUUCUGGAAACUGUGUUACCAUAAACCCUGAAACCUACGAUGUUAACCUACCGUCGUAUGAUGCGGAGUCUUCUAAUGCCAGAGAUCACGAAAUGGAAAAAGUGCUGUUGAGUAUGUUUGAGCUCAACGAUGAAAUGAAUCGGUUACUUGUUGACGUGCUUGCGAUGACAGGGAAGCUCACCGGAACCACACCCUUGAGAGCGCUCCGAGACAAGAUGGACGAUGUUGAGGCAUUUCUUUCAAAAGUGCAUGAGCAAAUAAGAAACGCUUUGCGGCACGAUCCACUAAGUGAAGUUGAUUCUUUCCACCGGAACAGUCUUUUAACUAUUUUACUGAAAGUGCAAUUCAUCCUUUUUAGUGUCAACACUCACAUUUACUACAACCAUCUUAAGCGAAAAGACUACGGGCUUGCAACCAGUGCAGAAACCAAGCUUAUUACGUCCACGAUGCAGAACGUCAUACCACUUUUGCCCAUGCUUCUCGGGCACGUUAAGAAUCCGUUCUCCGGAUCUACAGAUCUAUUUUCGAUUUCCCUGUUCGUUAAUUGCACAACCAACAUACCAUUUCUUCUCGUGAGCUUGUUGAUCAAGUAUAAGAGCCAGUAUGCCUCGAUGAAGUGUAACAAUAACCACAAUGGCAGAAUGAGAGCAGAUCUGCGUUACAGCAACUUGUUUGAGGCGCUUGAAAAGUAUAUUACGACGCUCGAUGAUUUAAUGCUGAUUCUUGGCAAUUUUUAUAGUCUGCUCAAGGACACAAAUGCGUUAUGCAAGAAGCUUGAUUAUGGCCACAGGAAGUUACAUGAAAUGUUGGACGGCGUUGAAGGCUCUGCGGAUGACAAGGCGGGAAGGUACAAAGUUGUUUGCUCUUUUUGUCGUAAGCGGAAGAUCAAGUGUGACAAGAAGUCUCCAUGUACUGCGUGUGUGAAGUUGGGAAAUCCUCAUUGUGAUGCUGUGGUGAGAACUGAUACUAGUUCGGGGGAUGUUGCUGAUGCAUUAAGGCACCGUAUAACCGUCCUUGAACAACAGCUCACCAAUAAUGGCAUGAAACCAGCGACCAGUCUCGAGGAGUGCUACCUGGCUGAGACCAUAAAUUUUCAUGACGCCCUCAGCAGAACCGACCAUCGCCAUGACGCAAGCUGGAGAUACAUGGGACCUUUCAAGUGGUUCGUUAUGGUAUCAAUUGACGAAGUCUUGCUUAAUGUCUUCAAAACUUUCUACGCUUGCAAGGAAGAACCAUCCUUCCACGAUGAAGCUCCUCGGAUGUACUUGAACCCGCUAGAUAAGGAAAUCGGCUUGAUCCACAAAACUAGCGUUAAGGAGGAUCACGAGACCACAAGAGCGAUAUACUUGCUCAUAAACAGGUUUUUCAAGAUUGCCUAUCCUUACAUGCCUGUCAUUGACGAGUAUGACUUCAGACAGUCUGUGAGCAGACUUCUUGGAAGCAGAGGUGGCGCCGACGAGAGGGCAAUGAUUUUGGGUAAUGAUGAUACCGAUCCAGCCAUUUACGGCCUUCUAUUGGUGGUUCUUCGAACAGCCUAUGUCACAUUAACAGGUGGUUCCAAUCAGACGCCUACCUAUUGCUUUCACAAUAGCAAAGAGGAACUUGAGUAUCUCAGCAGGCAGCAGAUAGGAGCUGACUUCAUUGACUUGGCCAACGUUUGCUUGAGUUUGUACAAUGUGGCGGGCGAUCUCUGUUUCGAAGCGUUCCAGUUGGUUGUCGCUUUGCGGGUCUACUCCACAAUUGGCCCUGAGUACACGAGGUAUGACGCAAAGUCGACCACAUUGGCAUCUCUCCUGAACCAGAUUGCUUAUAGCUUGUGGAUGAAUAGGGAAUGGCGCCGUGAAAGGCCUGAUUUUAAUGAGAGGAGAGAUUUGCUUCAGAAGAAGCUCUGGUACACGCUUGUUUUCCUCGAGAUGGAUCAGUCACUAUUUUCCGGAAACUAUAUGUUCAUCGGACCUAAUACGUUUGACGUGACACUACCGAUCUAUAAACCAGACUUACUUAAUGGAUGCGAUUUGGAGAGUGAAAAGAAGGCGAUCGAAAACAUCCAUUGGCUUGAAGGAUACAGAGAGGUAUUCACACAGGCAAUUAGCUUAACAGGAAGGGUUUCAGGCAAUGUCAAUAUCAGCAAGUUGAAUAACGUUAUCGAGAAGCUCGAGCACAAGUACGACGAACUCCUUGAUGUCUUGCAAUCUCUCAAGGCAACACCUUCGUUGACUACGCUGGACUCGUUUGAUCGUUUUUCCAAACUACGGUUGAUGCUCAACCAACAUUACUUCAUUGUUGGAAUUUACUCCCAUCUUAUCCAUUUCUACUCUAAGAAAAAGGAUGUCAGCAACGCUAGGCAUUGGAGGUACAAGGUUGUUACUUUGCUUACAAAGUUUUUGUUCCCCUUGCUUCCCGAUCUCGUUCAGCAGACCAUGACAAUCGUGAGCGGCUCAACUGACCUUUUUGUUUGCGGUCCCUUAAUCCAAUGCCUCGGGCAAUGCAGCUUAUUCAUUGUAUCCUCCAUGGUUCGCUACAACCACAUCCAGACAGCCCUAGAAAGCCAACCUAACCACAGAGUACUUCUAGAAACCAGCAGCGAGUACCAAGAUUUCUUUAACGAGAUUCAGAAGCACCGGAGCUUGCUUCGCCAGUCAAACCAGGUGAUGCUCAAUGUCUACGACCUCAUGAAAGAUAAGUACGAGGCUGCCAGACGGUUUGGCCUCAUCACCAGAAAAGUCACCGAUUGCACACUCCCAGCAGAAUUUGUUUUACGAGAUCGUAUGAUGAAAGCGACGGAUCAGGAUGUCAAGUUGCUCAAGGAGUGCAACACUUUAAUGGAGGAGUGUGUCGAGAAUAAUGGAGUUCGUGAGCUUGGAACGAGAUUCCCACAGAGCUACUUUGGGAGUCUGGCAGUCUUUCGCCUUUUCAGAAGUAUUUUGACAUUAUCCUGA